CGUAACAACCUCAACUUUAACCGCUUGUCAAUGAUGUCUUCAUUAUAAAUACACAGAUUAGGUAGUUCAAUGUGUUAGUUAAACACCAUCAAAAUGGUGGCGCGUGUCUCGCUAUUAAUUGCUUUAUCGAUACUAACCAUUGUUAUUGUUACUGGUCGCGAGCUUAGUAGUAAAAAUGCGGAAGUGGUGCCGAUUCAAUCGAACAAUGUCGACUUAAGUGAAGUUUUUCAUUUAAUCCAAAAACGUGAAACGCCUCAAGUAGGCACCCUCGUACAAAAUGAUCAAGUUGCAUCGGCCAGUCACAAGAAGAAGAAAAAAAAGAAAAAGAAGAAAUGGAAGAAAGGAGGUGGCCACAAAUACCACGCUGACCACCAUAAGAAAAAAGGUCACAAAAGUGAAAAAGGAUAUAAAAAGAAACACCACUUCGACAAAGGUGAAAAAGGUAAACAUGGCAAAGAAGAACACGAAGGACAUUACAAAAAGAAAAAAGGUCAUAAAAAGAAGAAACACGACGAAGCUGAAAAAUACGGAGAACAUCAUAAGGCUGAGAAAGGUCACAAAGGUGCCAAAUUUGGCGAAAAAGGCGGCCACAAAAAGGGGCAUAAAACUAAAGGCUAUCAUAACAAGUUCCAUAAAGAUGAAUACCAUAAAGAGCACAAAUUCUACGAUCAUCAUGAUAAAAAGGGCCACCACAAGAAACACGGGCAUCAUCACAAGCAUCAUGCUAAGAAAGAAGGUAAACAUAAGAAAGGUGGUCACCAUAAAUCUGCUUUCAAACACGAUCAUAAAGGCAAGAAAGGCAAAAGUGAAAAAGGACAUUACGAUAAAGAAGAAAAGGGACACAAAAGUAAGAAAGGACAUGACGAGAAACAUUCCCACAAAUCGAAAUAUGGCAAAAAGGGAGGCCAUAAAGAAGGCAAGAAGUAUGGUUAUAGUAAAAAACAUUAAUUAUUUUAGCGUAAUGUGUUCAUGUUUAUUGAUUUAUUAUUACAUCAUGAUGAU